AUGUCUAUGGAACAAGACUUUUCUACCGACGAUGAGGCGUUUACGAAUAUGUUCCCUAUCCACCGCGCUUGCCGUGAUGGAGAUGUUGGAGCUUUGCAGUCACUGAACCACCAUCACGCUCAAAUAACAGCCGAGGACUCCUGCUACGGUUGGACCCCCAUUCACUGGGCAGCUCACAGUGGACAGUUGGAGUGUCUCAUACGCCUGGUGCAGAUUGGUUGCAACGUGAACACAGUGUCAAGUCGCUUUAACCAGACUCCAACACACACAGCUGCGAUUGGCGGGCACCCACACUGUGUUUUGUGGCUAUUGCAGGCUGGUGCGGAUGUCAACCAGCAGGACUGGGUUGGUGAGGCUCCCAUCCACAAGGCUGUUAGGGCAGCUUCCAUGGAGUGCAUCCAAAUACUGCUGGUAGCGGGCGCUAAACUGCACUUAAGGAACACCAGCGGGCAGACAGCAGCUGACCUUGCGCGAACUCACAGCUCAGAUGACUGUCUCCGCCUCAUCCUCAACUUGCAGGGGCACUUGUUGCAGCUCAGUGAGUUACAGAGCAAUGGAGAAAAGAAUGGGAACAGCCCUGGUUUGCUCUGUAGGAAGAGGCUGCAGUCUGCUUUUGAGAAUGGUCAAAUGAAGAAAGCAAGGAGGGAUAUGUUACUACAGAAGCAACAUUCUGCACUUGAAGACAGCAUGGAGUCCAGCUGUGGAACAGCCGUUGCUGAUGUCCCUGAUGGCAUUCAUCCACACUCUCCCAUUGAUAAUGAUGAACCAAUGAAAAACAUUCCCGCAUGCAGUGAAGUUUCCGUACGGCUGUCUUGGCACCAGGGAUGUUCAACUCCCAACCAGCGCGACUCAGCUGACAUGUGUGGCUCCCUGCAUCUGACAGAAAGCUACAACAUCUGCUUCCCCCAUCAACUGGCGUUUCAAAGCCCACUAGAAGCUGAUUGUGAUGAUGUCCUCAAUUAUGGACACUAUCAUGGUUUCGGGGACACAGCAGAGGAGAUAUCUUACAGAGGCCACAUUGGUCUCAAGUCCUCUCAAAAUGCAGAAGCUGCCAUGGAUAUGUCCCAGGACUCAUAA